AGCUCAUCCAGCAGCCCAGCCAGUGCAGUGCACUUGUCUCUCUUUCUCUUGCUGGUUCAUUCGUUCUCUUUCUCUGUUUUGUAAUUCACAUCCUUUCCUGUCGUCAAGUCCAUCAUGAAGUCCUUCGUUACUCUCUCUCUGCUCGCCACUGCGUUGGCCGCUCCCACCCCGACCCUGCACGGACGUCAAUUCGACCUUACCUCUCUGCUGUCCGGCUCCAGCUCCGGCUCCAGCACCUCCACCGGCUCGAGCGGGCUGAGUGCUCUGGCCUCGCUGUUCCCCAUCAGCUCGACGACCGGCAGCAGCAGCGCCAGCGCCAGCGGCAGCGCCAUUGCCAGCGCCAGUGGCAGCACGACCGACAGCACCACCGGUACCAGCAGCAGCAGCAGCGGUCUGAGUGCGCUCGCCUCGCUGUUCCCCAGCAGCAGCACCACCAGCACCAGCAGCGACAGCAGCUCGUCUAGCAGCGACAGCAUCAGCAGCCUGCUCAGCAGCUUCAUGGGCGGCUCCACCACCGCCAACGGGGUGACCUCCAACACCGGCUGCAAGGAACUGACCUUCAUCUUCGCGCGUGGCACCUCGGAGAUGGGCAACAUGGGCAGCGUGGUCGGGCCGGAGGUGGCCUCGAACCUGCAGACCCUGACGGGCAACAAAGUGACGGUGCAGGGAGUGGACUAUGCCGCUGACUGGGCUGGUAACAUGGAACUGGGCGCCUCCGGUGGGCCAACAAUGGCCAGCCUCGUCAAGGAGGCCCUGUCGGAAUGCCCCAACACCAAGGUGGUGCUGGGCGGGUACUCGCAGGGAGCGAUGGUAGUGCACAACGCAGCGAGCUCGCUGAGCGCGGGCGAGAUCCAGGCGGCCGUCUUGUUCGGCGACCCGCUGAAGAUGACCUCGGUGGGCAAGCUGGCCUCCAGCAAGGUCAAGGAGUUCUGCGCGACGGGCGACCCGGUGUGCGAGAAUGGGGCGGAUGUGAUGGCGCACUUGUCGUACGGGAGCGAUGCGCAGGCGGCGGCGCAGUUCUUGGUUAGUGCGGUUGGGCUUUCUUCUUCUUAGUUGGUGAUCGAGGACGAGACUGGAAAGGUUUCAUUCUUGAAUGGGAUCUGGAAUUCUUUUGGUGGGUUGGUUGGUUGGUUGGGGCUUGGGGUGAAAUGAUGUUGAUUGAGGCAGUGGAAAUGUCAUGGCCUGGUGCUGUUGCAUAUCCCCUGUCGACGAGCUUUUCCUUCUUCUGCACACUCCUUUUGAUACACGAAUUGAG